AUGGCGGUCUCAGUGGCUCGGAGCUGCGCCUUUAGUAUUGGGAAACCGGGACGGUGUGGCCGGGUGGGGAAGAUGGGCGAGAAGGCGCCACCCGCCGUGUAUAAACGGUAUAUAUGCUCUUUCCCGGACUGCAGCGCCUCCUACAACAAGAGCUGGAAGCUACAGGCUCAUCUCUGCAAACACACCGGGGAGAGACCUUUUCCCUGCAUGUUUGAAGGAUGCAGUAAAGGCUUUGUGACUUUGUUUCACUUGACCCGUCAUUCUAUGACACAUACUGGGGAGAAGCCUUGCAAGUGUGAGGCUGCAGAUUGUGACUUGUCAUUUACCACAAUGACAAAUAUGAGGAAACAUUUUCAACGAGCUCAUCUUUCUCCAAGCCUUAUUUAUGUGUGUUACUUUGCAGAUUGUGGGAAAACCUUUAAGAAACACAAUCAACUAAAAAUUCAUCAGUACAUCCAUACCAACCAGCAGCCCUACAAAUGUUGUCAUGAAGAAUGUGACAAAAGCUUUUCCUCACCGUCUAGGCUUAAACGUCAUGAAAAAGUUCAUGCAGGAUAUCCAUGCCAGAAGGAUAGCACUUGCUCGUUUGUGGGAAAAACAUGGACAGAGUACAUGAAACACGUGGCAGCCAGUCAUUCAGAGCCAGCCAUCUGUGAUGUAUGCAGUCGCAAGUUUAAGAAUAAAACUUACCUGAAGGACCAUAUGAGAACCCAUGAUGAGCAGAGAGUGGUAUACAAAUGCCCCAGGGAUGGCUGUGACCGAACAUAUACCAAAAAGUUUGGCCUCCAGAGUCAUAUCCUUUCCUUUCAUGAGGAAUCGCGCCCAUUUGCCUGUGAGCAUCCUGGAUGUGGCAAGACAUUUGCAAUGAAGCAAAGUCUUGAUAGACAUGCAAAUACCCAUGAUCCAGAGAAGAAAAAGAUGAAGAAGCCACGUCCUAAAAGGAGUCUUGCUUCCCGUCUCUCUGGAUUUAAUCCAAAGAAAUCCACCAAAAAGCCCAAGUCUGUAGAAUUGGGAAACCUGCCUCCAGAUCCUGCUACAGCAAUGCAAAAUCUCAGCAUUUAA